AUGGGGAAGCAGACGAUGGGCACGCCCAGUGGCGCGAUAGCACGGCGCACCGACAACAAGCUGUACCGGUUGCAGACCGGCCAGACUCCGAUUGUGAGGCCCUCCCUGCACAACAAGUAUGCGAUGGACGACUUCCCCAACGGCACGAAUGCCAUUGUGGCCGUCAUCUCGUACACGGGCUACGACAUGGAGGAUGCGAUGAUCCUGAACAAGUCAGCGCAUGAACGUGGCUUUGGGUACGGCAGCGUGUACAAGUCGGAGGUCAUUCACCUGCGGGACAUGAUGGGCGGCGCCGGCAGCGGCAGUGGAAGCAGUCGUGGCGGGCGCGCCGGUGCGCUGCCGGUGCAUUUCGGCUUUGGACCCGACAUCCGUGCGGACGAUGCACGGCGUGAGCAGCUCGAUGCCGAUGGGCUGCCGUUCGUCGGCACCUUUAUGACUCGUGGCACACCGUUGUACGCGUGCUUCAAUGAAGCGACAGGUCGCACGAUCGUCAAGCGGUACAAGGGCGACGAGGCCGCCUACGUCGACACCGUGCGCGUGAUCGGCAGCGAUGCUGGCGACACAGAGUGCCAGCAUGUGCAGAUCAUGUUCCGCAUCCCACGCUCGCCCGUCAUCGGUGACAAGUUCUCGUCGCGGCACGGGCAAAAGGGUGUGUGCUCGCAAAAGUGGCCUGCGGUGGACAUGCCGUUCAGCGAGAGCGGCAUGCAGCCCGACGUGAUCAUCAAUCCCCAUGCCUUCCCCAGUCGUAUGACGAUCGGCAUGUUGAUCGAGAGCAUGGCCGGUAAGGCCGGUGCUAUGCAUGGCCUUUCGCAGGAUGCGACGCCCUGGACCUUUGGCGAGCACGACACGCCUGUGUCAUACUUUGGCGAGCAGCUGCGGGCAGCCGGCUACAACUACAUGGGCAACGAGCCUAUGUACUCGGGCAUCACGGGCCAGGAGCUUCGGGCUGACAUCUACCUGGGCGUUGUAUACUACCAGCGUCUUCGACACAUGGUCAAUGACAAGUUCCAAGUGCGAACGACUGGCCCCGUGCAUGCGCUCACGCGGCAGCCCGUCAAAGGACGGAAGCGUGCGGGUGGCAUUCGGUUCGGUGAGAUGGAGCGUGACGCCCUGCUGGCUCAUGGCACAUCGUUCCUCUUGCAGGACCGCCUGCUCAAUUGCUCCGACUAUACAACAGCGUAUGUGUGCCGGACUUGUGGCAGUUUGAUUUCUCUCAGCUACGACGAUACCGCCGGCGUCCACGUGCCGGGUCUUGGUGUUGUGCAGACGAUCGAGCACACAAGCAGCAGCAAGAACAACAGCAGCCACCCCGAGGCGGUCGCGCACGUCCCUCUUGGUCCUCAUGGCGAAUACUGCCGCGUAUGCCGCCGCGCCGCGCAGGCUGGCCAGGCCGUUCGCCGGCUCGAUGCAUCAAAGCGGGUGCGUAUGCCGAGGUCGAAUGUCUUGCGUCGCGCUGGCGACUUGGACGUGAUUGCUGUGCCGUACGUGCUCAAAUACCUUGUAGCAGAGCUUGCUGCCAUGGGUCUUCGCAUGUCGUUUGCGAUAGCGCCAUAG